AUGAAAGAAGCACUGGAGAGCACUGMAUCUCCAGCGAAAAGACUUUCAAAUGAGAUUGUAAAACUCGAUAUUGGGGGGAAAGUUUACAAGACUUCACUACAGACGUUGUCCAAAGAUCCUUCAUCGAUGUUUGCUAGCAUGUUUUCUGGACGAUUUGAUCCUAAAACAACUAAGAAAAGCGACUCGUUUUUUAUUGAUAGAGACGGGGAAUUGUUCAGGUACAUCUUGAACUAUUUGCGCAACGGGACGCUUACCUGUCCUGAUGACGUCACGACAAGACAAGAACUUUUACAAGAAGCACAGUUUUAUCAAAUACAAGGACUGAUUGAUAUACUCGAGUUGCCGUAUCUGUUUGAAGAUAAAUCUCAUAUCAUUACACAAAAGGAUCACGAAGCAGUUUUAUCAAGUUGGCUUCCCCAGGAUUCGAAAUGUCAAUUAUUGUAUCGAGCUGGCAGAGAUGGGUGGAGAUGUACRGAUUUUCAUCGGCAAUGCGAUCAUAARGGACAAACACUUGUGCUACUGAGAAGCAGAGAYGGGUUUAUCAGCGGCGGKUUUACAACUAAGUCAUGGGAARCCAGUUUUAUUGAGAAGACAAAGCCAGACAAAAACUCCUUUCUCUUCACCAUAACUAACCCUUCGGCACACAAACCAACAAAGUUUCCGCCMAAGAAAGAUCUUCACAAUAACCUUGGAGGGAUUGUUUGCUCGGACUCCACAGGACCAUACUUUGGAACGAAGAGUUACUUUGACCUCAAGACGCUUUCUUGUAAUCAGCUCUCAAAGCAUAUUGGGAACUAUGUUGACUUGGGACAUGGGUACGAAUGUCCAUGUGGCUUGCAUUCCAGGAUGGUGUUGUUUGGGAGCGGAACUUUUGAGCUYUUGGAGCUUGAAGUUUUUAAAGUUUAUUUGAAACAUUGA